UGUCCAAGAUCUGCACCCAGUGCGAGAUGGAGCACAAGGCGGAUGGCAUGAUGGAGCAGAUGUGCUCCAGCGACUUCGUGGUGAAGAUGCGCAUCAAGGAGAUGACGGAGGAGAAUGGGGAGCGGCGGCUGGUGGCUGCCCAGAAGAAGAAGGUGCUGAAGCUGGGCCCACUCAAGCGCAAGGACACCAAGAAGAUGGUUCUGCACAUGAGGAACGCUGGCACCUGCCCCUGCCCCCACUACCCCUGGCAGAAGCACAACAAGGAGAUGAAGUUUGCCGUCAAGUUCAUGUUUUCCUACCCCUGCCCCCUCUACCACCCCCUGCUCUAUGGGGCCGGGCAGCACUAG